ACGUCGUUUGUCUCGUUCACCGUGUUAGAAAACAAAAACAAUCUAUUGAUUGCAGAAGUGAGCGAUAAUUUUAGUAUUAUUCGGCAAAUUUGCAACUAAUCUGUCUGCUUACUAGCCAUUUAAACAUGUUUUCGGAAAAAAUUCGACAGCUAACACUACUGUUGGAGAAACAAGAGCUAGAGGCACCUAAUGGAAUUGUAUCGGUUCAACUUUAUUCAGAACUAUUUGCCGCUUAUCUUUAUCGGAAUGAUCUUUGCAAUGCCCGGUUCUUAUGGAAACGCGUCCCGCCAAGUGUGAAAGCCGGUCACGCCGAACUAGAGCAAAUGUAUAAAGUUUACCAGUGCCUGUGGAACAAUGACACGGCCGGUUUCUACAAGGUUAUCAAUCACGACUGGACCAAGCACGUGUCCGAAUUGAUGUUCGAACUCAAAGAUAAAAUACAACAGGAGACCAUAAAUUUGAUUGGUCGAGCGUAUAGCUCAAUUUUUGAGAACGUAUUCGCCGAAAUGACAAACCAGACUCCCGACAUGAUAGAUGAGCUGUGUAAGAACCAGAACUGGGAAAUUGUUGACGGCCCCCAUCCCAGGUUGAUACUGCCAAAGCAUCCUGCAGCGGAUAAAUCACUAGUAGUUAGUUCGGAAGAUCAGUUGCAAAAAUUGACCGAUUUCGUUUCGUUCUUGGAAAACUAGUGAUCUGUUCGUGCAAGCUAAUGUAGUGACGGUCUGAACUAAGUUGCUGAAUGAUUGAAUUUCAAGCUAUUUUUGUAUAAGUUCUUGUAAAUUGAUCAGUUUGAAAUAAAAAUAUACCAGAGAUGAAA